AUGUAUGUCUUGAUUGCGACACUAAUCACCUUUCAAACCACUGGUAUCAAGGAUUAUGUUCAUCCUCCCUUAAUCAGAGGUGGUCUCCAAGCAGAGAUAUUGGAUAAUUUAGAAGAAAAUAUAUUCUCAUUCAAUGUGGAUAUCUUUUAUAGAUUUCAAUAUCUUUUCUCUCUUUUGGAAAAGGAUAAAGAUCCAUUCUCUGCUUUUUUAGUGACCGGACUUGACAGAAUUUUCAACAACAAAACAUAA